ACAAACCACAAACAAGCGCGACAUCCAUCCCAUACCACCCCAAACAACAUCAAAUCCAUCGCCAUGUCGUCCUCCAUCACCACCGUCCUCCGCGCACUCCCCCGCACCGGCACAACCUCCAUCCGCAGCUUUUCCAUCGCCGCCCGCAAAAUGGCCGAAGGCGACACUGGUGCUCCUCGCGCCCAAGGCGAUGCGUUCAACAAGCGCGAAAAGGCCAACGAGGACUACUACGUGCGCCAGGAGGAAGCGAAGAAACUGGAGGCGUUGAAGAAGAAGAUUGCGGAUCAGGAGCAGGCGUUGGAGAAGGACCGGGCGGAGGCGGAGAAGUUGGGGAAGAAGUAGAUGGGAUGGGUUGGACGAGGUGGAAUAGCCCUCCGGAAUUGAGUGUGGAGGAGCUAGAUAUGGACCACGGAUAGGAUGUGUGCGAGGAGGAAAGGCAAGAAGGGCAGGACUGUAGAUAUACUGGAAGCUCGACUCUUGGUCUCAUCUUUCACUCCGAUUGAAUCUUCUACAAGAUGCUUCCAGUGACUUGUAUGGGUUACAAGAGUAUAGC